AUGGUCUCGGGAUAUUGUGUCAAUAUUUGCGUCGACCAUCAGAGAUUUCAAUUGGAUCUUCAGUGUCGAAACAGAGUAGCUGAGCGUUGGUGGGUUGGAGAUGGCGGGUACUGGGCUGCAGAGCUGCCGGUGCGGAGCCAAUUGGAGCAUCCUUUCCGUGCAAUUGGCGCCCCAACCUCGUUUCGAUGA